AUGUCUGACUUUGGCGAUGAUGAUGUCGGCGGAGGCGACGAGCCCAUGUACGAGGACGAGGCGGCCGACUACUGGGAUCCCGAGGUGCCCGCUGAUGACGAGGAUGUCGGACGGGCCGAGGGUGAUGAGGAUGCCGAUAACGUGGUUGUGUCGGGAGACCCGUCGGCUGCGGCGAACGCGGGCAAGGGAAACGAGAAGUCGCACCGCGACAAGAAGAUUCCCGAUGACCAGCGGACUACAACGCCAUACAUGACCAAGUAUGAGCGUGCCCGCAUUCUCGGCACGCGCGCGCUCCAAAUUAGUAUGAAUGCGCCGGUGUUGGUGGACCUGGAAGGAGAGACGGAUCCUCUUCAAAUCGCGAUCAAGGAGCUCCGAGAGAAGAAGAUCCCUCUAAUCGUACGCCGGUACAUGCCCGAUGGAUACUACGAGGAUUGGACUUGCGAGGAGCUUCUCCAGUAAGAGGGGAGACCAAUGGUUUUCGUCACUUACGGGUCAAAGAGAGACAUGCACACACGACUAGAUGCAAGGCACCUUAUACCCAUCUCCUAUUGUCGUUGCCUCAAGAGUAGUCAGAUCCGCCCCCCGAGCCAGGUCCUCCAAAUCCGUUUUCUCCGUCUCUCCCGAGCCUGCUCGCGUCACUAUUGCUACGCAAGAAGUUUUUGAAGGACAGCAACACCCAUCCCUCCUUAACA